AUGAGGCAAUAAAACGACAGUUUCUCUUCUCUCCUGUUUAUCCUGUUUCUUUUCAAAACCAUUAGUAUUAGCUAUAUUCAUUCUCUUUUCAAGAUGGUUAAACUAUUUGAGCCCCUCAGCAUUUUUGUCCUUGUCACCUCUUUCCUCAAUGAGAUUCCCAUUGCGCAAGCUCAGGGACUAGCGCUUUCUGGACAGCCUGGGUCUACUAAAAUGUGUCAGGGUCCAGCUCGGAAAGUAACCAAAAGAUAUAAAUGUGGUUGCUGUUGUUGUGACACGGGGCCGGAUGUUGAGUGCAAUCCCCAGUGCCCCUCUUCUCAUACACAGAUCUUCCAAUGCAAUGGUAGAAAGUACAAGCAGUUUUGUUGUGUUCAUGUUGCAACCGCAACUCUUCGGGACUUAAGCUCUCCUUCUUAUCAAUCGUGUUUUGGUAGCUGUGUCAAAGAGCCCCAGUGCAAUGCUCUAGACUAUACAAACCAGCAUUGUUGGUUGAAGACGCAGGGUGUGGAUCCUCCGCCGAAGCUAAUGAACUCGAAGACGGAUGAUAUCAGCAUGAUUUUCUUGCCUUGAGUUGUUAAAACUUGAGGGACUUUGUUGAUCUAGCUUCUUGUGUUUGGUGUAGUCUGUUAAUAUGAAACGCCUUAGGAAGUACUUGUGUUAACGAAUUUGCACGGACUGGCUCACGAUUCUACAUAGUAUGACAUCUGACUCGAGCACUACGACAGC